AUGUCGGACGCGUCGUCCGCGGGCGGCUGGCUAUCAGAAGCGGAGCCGCCGGUGGAUGGCGCCCAGCCGUUGGCAGUUGCACCGGUCGUGGACCUCGUGGAGGCGGACACCGCCGACGAAACCGCCGAGGCAGAGCGACUCAGGUUGGUGAGGCUUCGAGCGCAAGCCGCCGCGGCCCGGCGGGCUCGCUUGGAGAAGCUCCGCAGUGGGGCUGUGCAGCCCCGAGCCUUGGCCACCCUCGACGGGUUCCGCGCUCUCUUGGGCAUAUUGGACACAGGUGCUUGGGACGCAACCUCGCAGGACCUCGUCAACCGGAGCAUUCGCCUGUUGGCCGCAGGAGGUGGCGCAAGCUUGGAAGCGGUGACAGAACAUGGCAAAGCCUUGGUGCGGAUUUUUGACGAAAUGCUAGGCCAGCGCACUAGUCGAUUGAUCUCGUGGUCGGCCGAAGCAGAUGCUGCUGGAAUGGAGAGCCAAUGCCGCGGCACGGUGUACGCGGAGAAGUUCACGCAGACAGCCCAGCUCGUUGUGCUGUGCUCGCACAUGCUCUGGGCAUCGCUCGCGCAGAACAUCAAGGCGAGGGUCGACGCGGGCGACAUCGAGGCCGUGUCUUUGUGCAUCGCCACAAUGACCGAUGAGGCUGCCACAACGCUGCGGCUGCGCGAUGUUGUAUGUGUCGGCAAUGACGGCGCCGGUGCCCAGCCAGAGGAGUCUCCGCCAUGUCCAGCCGGCAGUGCCGAUAAGCAGACAGUGAAGGUCCUUCAGUCAGCGCUUUCUCUAGCCAUAGUGACCAGAAACAGGCGCACUGGAGUCGUUACCACCGUUAAAGGGGCGGUCCCGUGCCGUCUCCAGUGCAUCGACCGCCACACUGCCGAGGUGCUCGUGCAGACCUACCGGGACUUGGUUCGCAUCCCGGGCUACGACGACGAGUUCGCCAGGCUCUUCAACGGGUUUUCUGGAACAGGCCCUUGUGCCGGCAGGGCGCCGCAUUUGUGCACCGCAAGGCCGUGUUGGACGAGCUCCUGCGCGACGACUACGCGGACCCUGACGGCCACUUGUUUCGCCGAGGCGCGCUGUCGGAUCAACGCCGCCGCCUCGUCUUGGAUCGUUUCUUGA